AGGGAUACGACGCUUCCUCUGGGUGGUCUGGGUUCUAGAGGUUGUACCUGCUGGGUCAGGGAGGGUGAGAACCCAAGGUUGGGGUGGAGCUGGUUUCUGCCCUCCUGGUGGUUUCAGUUCACAGGUGGGACUAGUCAGACAGACCUAGGAAUGACUGGACCUGAGGAGAUAGUUGAGGGCCUGGGCCAGGCAUGGAAAACAGGCAGUGGGACUGCUGGUCUUGGUGCAUGAGGGGUUAAUGCGAGAGGGGUGGGGCCCCCAACCUCGCCCCGCCCCCUCCCCAUCAGCCCCCUGCUGAGGGAGGCUGAGGUGUGGGCUGGGGGUUAGGGAUUCCUUGGUCCUAUUCUGCCCUCCCUGUCCUCCCACCCACAAGGCUACAGAAUCAUGGGGGUUGGGAGGAGGGCAUUGAGCUUGAUUAGAUUACCUUUUUUUAAAAAAAUAAAUUUACUUUAUUUAUUUAUUUUUGGCUGCACUGGGUCUUCGUUGCUGCAUGUGGGCUUUCUCUAGUUGCAGCUGGGGGGGGGUGCUGCUCUUCUUUGCCGUGCGUGGGCUUCUCAUUGCAGUGGCUUCUCUUGUUGCAGAGCACAGGCUCAAGGCGCAUGGGCUCAGUAGUUGUGGCUCGCAGGCUCAGUGGUUGUGCUGCACGGGCUUAGUUGCUCCGCGGCAUGUAGGAUCUUCCCGGACCAGGGAUCAAACCCGUGUCCCCUGAAUUGGCAGGUGGAUUCUUAACCACUGAGCCACCAGGGAAGUCCGAUCAGAUAAACUUUUAACUUUGAAUCUUUGAGCAGCUACCACAGCAGGGAACUUCCGUGUCCCCAUCUGCAACAGGAACUAGGUAACAUCCAAGGUGGUAGGAUGGGAGUAGAAUGGGGGAGGUAUGGCAGCCUGCACACACAGCCUAAUUUCCAGGGGAACUGUGGGAGAGAAAGCAGAGCCGACCGCCCCAGGCUGAGGCCAAGGGUGUCCAGAAAUAUGUGGGGUCCAAGUAAGGGAGGCGGCCGCCAGGAGCACAGGAAUCAAGCAGGCCCAUCCUCAAAGCUGGGCAAGAAACAUCCCUGGGUAGGGCUAGGGACCAGGGGGGUGGGGGGCAAGAGGGAGUGGCUGGUUGACUCAGUCAUAGAUGGAAAGCUAGGACUGAGAGGUUUAACCUCCCAUGGAACCAGCCCUGGGCCUUCAGUAGGGCCCAGGACCCAAUGUCGGCUCCCUUGGCCUCUGUGCCUCCCUCAGUCCUAACACUUUUAGCCUGCAUUGCCAUGGAGCCCAUCAAGGCCUAGAUGCUGGGGAUAACAUGGUGAACAAAUCAGAUCCAAAGCCUGCCCUCUGGGAGCUUACAGUCAAGGAAGGGAGACAAAGUUGAAGGAAGAGCCACUAACCUAAAUGCAAAACCACAGCUGAGAUGGGUGGUAUGAGGGGGAAGUCACUGUGGUUAGAAAGUACAUAACAGAGCUCUGACUUAGCCAGGGCAAUCAAGGAAGGCUUCCCUGAGGAGGUGACCAGUCAGCCAGGUUGUCAGAUCAAGUGAUGAUCAUCUAUGAAUGCCUUGAGGGCAGGGGCUUUGAUUCAACUUUGGGUCUAAGGAAGCCCAGCACUGAGCCUGGCACCUACAGGGUAGGUGCUUCUCGGGUGUUUGCUGAUUGAAUGAAUGAAUGAGCACUGGGUCGGUAUUCUGGUAGAACUCCACAACACCUAGAGAAAAAGGCCUGGGAAGCCCAGGGAAGCAAGAAGCCUGGGCAUGGGCUGUAGGAUUCUUGAAGCAGUUUCCCCAAAGCGAGCAGAUACUUCAGGGUCCAGGUGACAUCCUCCCCCCACCCCCACCCCCCCACACACCCCGUGUGACCCUCUGGGAAAAGUGCAGAGAUGGUAGAGUUUACUGGGUGCUCAUUCAUUUGUUGUCAGCCUGAGGAUCCUGGAAGAGAGUGGAGAGAGAACAUAGUGGAGGCCCGAAGGGCUGGAAGGGAGGCUGGCAUCCUAGGGUUUUGAAAUGGGCCGAACAUCAUCAGGUUUAUAGGUUUGUGUCAGUAAUGCUCCCUCUGACAGCUCUUGGGGGAGGAUAGAUGGUGGGGUCAGAGGUGGAGGCGGGCACGACUAGAGGCCAGUGAGGAGGUGGCUUUGGUCAUGGUUCAGCUGAAAGAGGAAGUGGUCCCUGGCUAUGCAAGUGGAGCAGAGGGAGGGUUGAGGCUGAUAGUCUCUGAGUUUGUGUUCUCAUGCCCCUGCCCCCAGGAAGCCUUCCCUGAUUUCCUUUCCCUUCCUCCAGGGCCUCUACUCUGCUAGUGGUCUUGGAGCUCCAUUCUGGGCCAGAAUCUGACACUCUAAACUCUGAGACUGUCAGUGCUAGGAGGUACCUUAGGCUUGGUGGUUUGGCGUGUUGGGCCCAGAGAGAGGGAGUGGCGUACCUGAAGUCACACAGCGAGUGUGAGCAGGUGGUAGAACCUGAGCUGGACCCCCAGGCUCCUCCUUCCCAGCUGGGUUCUCCCAGCUUUGCUCCCCUUCCAGCAGGGAGGAGGCUCCACCAGUGCUGGCUGCCAAGGCCCAGGAAAACACAUUUUUUCCCUCUGUCCUCACAGAGGAAGCAAAAUGGCUCAGCAGUCAGCGAGGAGCCCAUGCCAGCGGGUGGGCCGUCUACUAGGGGGCCGGGGAUGUGGCUGCUGAUUGGGCAGGGCAGCUGUCAAUCCCCCAAGAGUAAGUUCAUUCUCCAGGCCUCCAAGGGAAUGUUAGGAACCUGAAGACCCCAGAGGUCAGCUCUCCAGACCUCAAGAAGAAAAAGGGAAGAAGCAGGGCUGGGCGCGUGGGUGAGCUGGGGGUCGGGACUCCUGGGUUCCAGCCCACCACUGCCACCAAACGGCUGCCCGGUUGCUUCAGUUACAGAACAAGGAGGUUGGAUCAGCUGCUGUCUCAGGCCCCAGGUCUACCGGAUUGGCUGAGGCAGCCUGGUGGAGGACCCUGGCCCCUUGGCUGACAGCCCAGCAGCCCCUGGCCUGAAGUUGGAGGCUGAAAGCCUGAGGUUAUCAGAAAGGUCCCCCUUCUUGUGACUUUCCCUCUGUGAUUGCCGGACUUUGCUGAGCUGGGACAUUCCUGCGCAAACAUAGGUGCCUCAGCUGACAUCCAGCAUGUGCUUGAGGCUGCUGAGGCUAGGACAGGAGGAGAAAGAUGAAAGGAGGGAAGAACAGGUUGAAAGCUUCCCUGGGGCCCCAAAGUACUUAGAAUCACAGCCAGCAGAGGGGAUGGGGCCUUCAGCCAUUAGAUAGAAGAGGGCAUGGCCAACAGUUUCCUCUUGGGCCUAAUCUGCAGGGCUAUGUUGACGAGGAUUCUGAGGUUGUGUCCAAGCUCGGUGGAAAACAGUGCUAUGCUGAGAAAGAUUCAGGGGCUGUGUCCAGCCUCAGUGGGAAAAAGUGCUGUGAUUGAUUACUGAUGUCUGUGUUAGGAGUGGAGGGAGGGGUGAUGGUGAGAUAAACCAGCCAUCUGCCACUUCUGAUCUUGUCUAAGCCUCCUGUAUUUUACACGCUAAUACGAUGAUGAUUGUCCCCACUUUAUAAGUGAGGAAGCCAAGGUCCAGAGAGGAAAAAUGACUUAUCCAAGGGGACAUGCCUCCCAAGUUCUGCAUCAGCCAUAGCACCCAGCAGGCUCUUAGUUAACCUAUGUCAGGAGAGGCUUCCCCUCUCCCAUUAGGCUUUCCGUCUAGCCCAGACUUGCCUGGGUGUCACCUAACACCCCAGCUCCCUGAACAGCCGGCCAGGGGGCCUGGAUAUCUGUAUGUCAUUUGCAUAUCCCUAGCAGACCCAAUACAAAUCCUGGCACAUCAGAGCUGGGCAGCCUCGGAGACUGGCAAGUCCUCUGCUUCACAGGGGUGGGGAAACAGGGCCCAGAGAGGGUGCCCUGUAAGGGCCACACUGGGAGGAGACACAUGGCUCAAUGUGGCCUCAGUCCCAGGAUCCACCCCCUGUUAGCUGUGUGACCCUGGACUACUCUGUUGACAUCUCUGGCCUCACACGGUUGUUGGGAGAACUGGGGUGAUGAUGGUGUGAAAGGGAUCAGGAUUCAGUCCUGGGGCCUUUAACAGGUGUUCAGAAUUCCUCCUGAUUUGGGGGGAGGCAGCCAUUCACCUGCUGUGUGACUUCAGGCAAGAGAUGCCCCUCUCUUGUCUCCAGCUCCCCUUGGGUGAAGUGAGGAGGCAGUGGCCAGACGGUCUCUCAGGACCUUUCCUGUGUGACUCUGGCCAGCCAGGAGCUGCCAAAUCAAAGCGAGGUCCCAGGAAUUGCUACAGGCCCAACCCCUCCUGGACAGACUCAGCAAUUCUAAUAACCGCCCACGUGCUCACUGACCUCUCCGGUUUGUACCACUUAGUUCCACCAAAACCCUGCGAGGCAGGUAUUGUUUGCAUCCUACAGAUGGGAAAGUGGAGACACAGAUAGGUGGAGUGUCUUGCCCACGGUCACACAGCCUGGAGAAAAGAGAGACGGGACUCAAACCCAGGCUUUACCCUUAAUCCCGUGUUCCUCUCCUUGUUUCCCAUACCCCACCUGGGAGCCAGUCAUGAGGAUAGAAUCCCUUCUGCUCCCUUCCCAUCCUCCUGGUGUCUGUGUACCAUCCCUGCCAUGCAGAAGCCAGGAGGCAGAUGGAAAGGAGGAAGAAUCGGAGGUCUCAGCCCAGAGGGCACCUUCUGCAAACAUGUCUGUGGAUCCCUUAUCCAGCAAAGCCCUGAAGAUCAAGCGCGAGCUGAGCGAGAACACGCCGCACCUGUCCGACGAGGCGCUGAUGGGGCUGUCGGUGCGCGAGCUGAACCGGCACCUGCGCGGGCUCUCAGCCGAGGAGGUGACGCGGCUCAAGCAGCGGCGCCGCACACUCAAGAACCGCGGCUACGCAGCCAGCUGCCGCGUGAAGCGCGUGUGCCAGAAAGAGGAGCUGCAGAAGCAGAAGUCGGAGCUGGAGCGCGAGGUGGACAAGCUGGCGCGCGAGAACGCCGCCAUGCGCUUGGAGCUCGACGCGCUGCGCGGCAAGUGCGAGGCGCUGCAGGGCUUCGCCCGCUCCGUGGCCGCCGCCCGCGGGCCCGCCGCGCUGGUGGCUCCGGCUAGUGUCAUCACCAUCGUCAAGUCCGCCCCGAGCCCCGGCCCCGCCCCCGGCCCGGGCCCCGCCCCCGGCCCGGGCCCCGCCCCCGGCCCCGCCGCCUGCUCCUAGUGGCCGCCGAGCCCCGCUCGCUCCGCCCACGUCCAUUCUCCAAACCACAGACCCCUCUGACCCCAGCUGCCUUCCCUAAGUGCCUAAGCGCAGUCUCUGUCUCCAAGUGCCAUUUCUCUGCAGCCACAAGCCCCCGUGGUGAACACACACGUUCCCUCCCCAGAGCCUGUCUUCCUCCUGUGGCCCCUGAAACUGGGACCUAACGGCCCUGGGGAGGGGCAACGGUGAUGAGAUAGGAUGUAGGUGGGGUCGGGGUCUGGGGUUUCCUCCGGUAGAAAAUUCAGCCUUCUUAGUUUGAGGAGGGGAUACAGAGCGGAUUAGAGAAGGGCCAUCGAGGGGAAGACGGCCACCCCUCAUUUUGUAACUGCUCAGCUUGUGCCAUCAGCCCCUCCCCACCCGCCAGGGAUACAGGACUAGGCUUGGCCCGGUAUGGGUCUUGUGGGGCUGUCUAGCUGGGAAGCUGAUGCUCCCGCCUCCGCCUUGCACCCGGAUGCCUGGCCUUCCAAAGCUGGAAGACUCACUAGAAAUCACUUAGUGAAGCCCACUUAACAGAUGAGACAACAGGCCUCUAUCGCACGUGCCCAAGGCCACAUAUGCUUUAGUGGUUGAGCUGGAACCCUGUCUUCCCACUGCUGCCCUGAGAUUCCAGCCAUGGUUGUCAGGGGGACAGCGACCAGGGCCUGAACAGGUGGUGAAAGGGCCUCCGUAGCCUGGGAGAUGGCUCUCUGUGAGUCAGGUGAAGAGAAGUAGAGGGAGGGAGAAGGUGAUGCAGAUGGAAGAGAGGGAAGGAGCUGGCCAGGCUCAACCCUGGGCUCUCCCUGCAGCCAGGGAGCUGGCCAGCCAAAGAGAAAGGGGACCAAGGAGGUGACCACUGUGGCGGUGGGGAGAUGAGAAGACAGAUCCUAUGGUUCUGCGGCCUGGGAUAGGGGUCCUUAAAGGGAAGGGUCCCAGCUGUCCACCCUGUGGGAUGGGGGCUGACCACUGCCAUUGAUCGCAUUCUCCUGGGAAGCCCGGCCCGAGCCUUCCCCCGCGCCCCCCCUCCCAACUAUACAGCUGCUCCUCCCUGCUGUUUAUUUAUUGCACGAAUCUAAGUUAUUCCCCCAGCCAGAGCCCAGCGCCCACUGCCUGGGAAAAGUGGUGUGUGGCCCUGAGCUGGACUUUAUAUUUUGUAUCUGCAAAUAAAUCACAUUUUAUCUUAUAUUUAGGAGAAGCCGGAUGGCAAAAACAACCAAAAAAUGUUUUUUAAAAACAAUUGCCCGGCCCCUGGAAUUUAUUUAUUUUUCUGACUUACAGUAAGCGAGUUAUCUGCCUUCUGUAUUUUGUAGACUUUCUGAAUAAAGUCAAGUCCUCUUUUUCCACACUUUAGAAGUGUA